UUGCUGUCGUGUUUUAACACGUAUUAUGCCAUUUAUUUUUGAAAGUCUAGAGUGCUCAGAAUGGGAAGAGAGUUUCUUUUGGACUCCCAGACAAGUAGAGAAAGAUAAAAAGGAUCCUGAAGAUAAAUUACUAUUCAAGCGUUGUUUUUAGCUGGGUUUACAAUUCCAAUUUCAUUAGCUACGAAAGAAUCUAAAAUUAACUAUGUCAUUUGGGAAAAUGGUGUGGGUUCAACAAUGUCUAUUGGUAGUUUUAAAGAUAAUGAAGCGAAUCGUACAGAAGUAUUAAGACUUUUAGUCGUCCUUUUAUCUAAAUCCAUGUAUCUUUCACCAUCUCAACUUUUGACAAAAGAAGACUUAUGGCUUAAAUGUGUCGCUGCUAAUAAACAGUUGGAACGUAAAGCAAUUUUGGUUAUGCUUUGUAGCUUUUUAAAUACGGUCUGUAAUUAUGACCCUAUAGGCUGGGUACCCUAUCAUCAUGUCAUCUCAACAGGACCUAAUAAGGAACAACUUGUGACUUUGUGUUUGACGGCUUUGUUAAUCCUACUUGAUUAUCGUUCACCACAACAAGCCGAUCUAAUGCGCCAACAUGACCAACAGCAAAGUACGGUUGAAGUAUGGACUUUAGGAGAUCCAGAUGCAAUUCCAAAAGCAUGUGUAGAAAUAGAAGCAUUUACACCUACAGAUCAGCAACAACAACAAGCUCAUUAUCAUCAUCAUUCAGAUAAUGUAUUCCGACUUUAUAUUUCUAAACUGCAUAGAUCUCAAGAUUUUGAGUUUCUUAUGGAUGGCAUUUAUCGAUUGCUUGUAAAUCCUAUGACAGCUAUUAACACCUAUUUACCUGGUUCAACAAAACGUACAGAUUGUUUUGUUAAUGUUAUGAUGCUAUGUUGGAAAUUAAUUGAAACCAACUCGAGAUUUACAAGCUAUCUUUUCGAAACUGAUCGUUCAUUAGAUUUAACAAUUACUUUAAUUUUCCAUGCUAUGGAUAACAAAGACAAGAUAGCACAAGCUGGUUUAGUACGUAUGUGUAUCUUUAUGCUUCAAACGUUAUCAUCCAACAAAGACUAUUGUACAAAAUUAAAUAAACCAUUUACAACACAUUCAUCACUUCCAGCGAGUAUUCGUGUCUAUGCAUUCAAUGGUACUUAUGCAGACUUUUUAAUUAUCUCUAUCUUCACUCUAAUUGCUACUACACAUGGUCAACUGUCUACUUUAUAUCCAGCUCUCUUAUUGACCAUUUCAAAUAUAUCAUCUUAUUUAACCAAUUUAAAUGUCACGACAGCUAACAAAUUGAUUACCUUAUUUCAUUCCAUGUCUUCACCUUCAUUCUUAUUUACUGAGGAAAACAAUUAUCAACUUACAAUGUAUCUUUUGGAAAUCUUUAAUAACAUAAUUAAUCAUCAGUAUGCAGAAAAUUCCAACCUUAUCUAUGCCAUUGUUUUACAUCAUGAUUAUUUUGAAAAAUUAAAUGCAUUGACCUUUGAAGAUGCUAUGAAGGAAGUAGAAAGGAUAAGAGCAUUAAGAGCUAAAAAGAGUUUAGAAGAAAAUAAUUCGACACAAGAAGAGGAGAGCGAGAAUAGAGUAGAAGAAGAAGAGUCGAGCUCUACAGGGGAUGAACCUACUUUUUCAUCUGCUGUAAACGACCAUGAAUCUGAAGAGACUAAAACAGAUCAGUUAUCGUUAGAUAAAGGGACUCCAACUGAAGACAAGGAACCCUUAUCAUCUACUACAACAACAACAAUAGAACAUGAAAAUCCUUCUACGAAUACUCAUUCAAGUGUGACCUUGAAUGAAGAAUCCAACCAUGAUCCUCUUGUUUCAUCUACACACCAUGGGUUUACACCUUCAGAGGCAUGGAUGGCCUAUUGGAAAUCCAAAUUACCUUUAGCUACCAUCAUGGCCAUGUUGGAACAAUUAGUACCUCAAGUAGAAGAGAAAUGCAGUAUUCAUCAUGUUGAUUUAGAAGAAUUGAUGCACUUUAUUCAAUCUAUUCAGUUGGAGAAUUUACCGGAAGAAGGCAGGUCUAUCUUUAUUCGUAAAUUUCAAUGGGGGGAGGCAUUGGUGAUUUGGUUCCGUAGUAUGAUGUGGGGACAGAGUUAUGUUUCAUCCAUGCAUCAUCAUGGUGCCUGGAAUGGUACACAUAUCAAAUUAUUUCAAAUUAAAGAAGAGUAAAAAAAAAAAAAA